AUGUCCAAGUUUUCAAAUGAAGUAGGCGCGGCUAUUCAUGUCGCACCUAACGCCACUCGGAUUCUCCGCGAUUGGGCUUGCGAUUUCGCCGCUUUGCACCCGGUCCAGUGCAAGCGCUUUCAAGUCUGGGAUCAGCAAGCCAACAUAAUCAGCACUCCCUUUUUAACGGAGGAGAUCCAGAAAAAGCUGGAUAUUCAUGACGACUGGCUUUUGACUCACCGUGUUGAUCUCCAUAAUGCUCUUCGAGCUGCUGCAUCCCGGGAAAUUGAUGGAAGGAAGAUUGAUAUUCGCUUUGCGUCUCGGGUCACGUCUGUGCUGCUCAUUAAUCUUAACUUCGUGCCUGAUCAGGACGCGGAAGCUGGGGAAGUUACUCUAUGCGACGGUAUCAAAUUCAAUGGAGACCUCGUCGUUGGUGCAGAUGGAAUCCAUUCCAAGUCUGUCUACGCGGUGACUGGCGGAGAGUUCAGACCAAAGGAAAGUACUGGACAGAACUGCUUCAGAUUCCUUGUACCAGUCUCCAAAAUAAAAGCCAAUCCAAUUGCCACCGCAUUGCUCGACAAGAUCGGACUUGAUGGCGUGCACGCUUUCGUUGGCCAGGAUCGUCGCAUCGUCCUUUACCCUUGCCGCAAUGGCGAGUUGCUCAAUGUGGCUGGCAUUCACCCUUCAGGGACAACCCCCGCCAACGAUGCCUCUUGGCUGGACUCUGGGAACAUGGAGGAAUUGCUGGCGACUUUUAGCUCGUUUGGUCCAGAGCUUCAGGAACUAUGUCGCUUGGCUGAGGACUUGAAGCUCUGGAGUUUGGCAUCGCGAUCGCCUCCUUCGACCUUUGUCAAGGGGAAGCUUGCAUUGAUUGGUGAUGCUGCACACCCAACGCUGCCCCACCAAGGACAAGGCGGUGCCCAGUCAUUCGAAGAUGCAGCUGCACUGGCAGCGGUGUUUCCACUCGAGACCACACCUGAACAGAUCCCAGCGCGACUGGAGAUGUACAACCAAGUCCGGUACAAUCAUGCCGUGACGGUGAUGAUGAUGUCCAAGACAAGCGAUGACCGCCGAGCAGAGAUGCUGGACGAGCUCCGAAAAUACGUGCCCGACGCUGAGACGCCCACGGACAUGGUCUCCUACACAUGGCCUUCUUGUCCAGCGCGGGAAGCUCAGGUCCUACUAGGACGUGCGGAAACAUGUUCUUGA